UCCAGGGGGGAGGGUAAGCACCUCACAGGGCGGAAGCUGGAGGCCUCGGGCUGUGAUACCUUCCAGGACCGAGGCUUUGUGAACCGGGUCCCCGCCAUCCAAGUGGGGAGCAAAGCCUGGGUCAGCCUCACCCACCCCAACUGCCGGGGCCAGCAGUACGUCCUGGACCGCGACCACCCCAAUUUCUUCUGGUGGAAUGGCCACGACGACCAUGGCUCCUGUCAGCCUGUGGGAAUGCUCAGGGAGCACUUCCGCCUAGAAGUCUUCCAGGGCUGCACCUUCUCGGGCCAGUGCCUGGAGCUCCAGGAGGACUGUCCUCCUGCGGAACCGAGUCAGGGCUGAGCGAAGAUCCGUGUCAGUGCCACCGCAGUGUCGGGGGAUGGAGUGUGGGUCCUGGACCCGGAGCCCAACUACCAAGGCACACACCUGGGGGCGGGGGGGGGGGCACAGCUUCUCCGGCUGGGAGGCCCCCAGUACUUGUGCCCAGUCCCUCCAAAGGGCUGUCCACCUCUAACUGGGCCGCCACUGUCGGGCCAGGCCCAGGAGCAGCCAGGACAGGGGUAG